ACUGGCUGUUACGCGCGACAGACGCAUCAAUCGGGUCCUGACUUGCGGUUUGAGAUUGUUUACAUCCAAUCAAACAAGUAAGAAAGAAAGUCUCCUGCUGCUGCGAUGGACACCGCUGAUCAGCUCGCAUCUGCGGGGACGUUUCAAGUGCUAAAAUUACCUCUGGGAUUUAUCCGUGUUUUGGAAUGGCUCUUUGCCAUCUUUGCAUUUGCGACAUGUGGGGGUUACUCUGGACAGCUGAGGGUUAGCGUGGACUGCAUGGAGAAGGCCAGCAGCAACCUCAGCAUUGGCAUCGACUUUGGUUAUCCUUUCAGGUUGCACCAGGUGUCCUUUGAAGCGCCGGUGUGUGAGGGCAUUAGGAGGGAGCGUGUGUUCCUCAUUGGAGACUAUUCAUCAUCUGCAGAGUUCUUUGUCACCAUUGCGGUCUUUGCCUUCCUGUAUUCCCUCAUGGCCACCAUCGUCUACAUCUUCUUUCAGAACAAGUACCGUGAAAACAACCGAGGACCACUCAUUGACUUUGUAGUGACGGUGGUGUUCUCCUUCAUGUGGCUGGUCAGUUCCUCUGCUUGGGCCAAGGCUUUGUCUGAUGUCAAAGUGGCAACAGAUCCAGAUGAGGUGCAGCUCCUCAUCUCUGCCUGCAAAGUCCAGAGCAACAAGUGUGGCUCUGUGCACGGACCACGCUGGUCCGGACUCAACACCUCAGUGGUUUUUGGGUUUCUCAACUUUGUUCUGUGGGCUGGGAACAUCUGGUUUGUCUUUAAGGAGACCGGAUGGCACAAGGGUGCUGCAAGGUUAGCAGGCGGAGCAUCUGAGAAACAGGCCGGCACCUUUAACCAGCAGCCCUACAACCAGGGAAGCUUUGACCAGUCAGGGAGCUAUAACGCCCAGGGAAACUUCGACCAGCCGUCUGAGUACAGCCAGGUGGGAGGGCCCACCUCCUACUCCAAUCAAAUGUAGCCGUACCUUUUUGAUUCAUGAGUGGCACUUCUGCAUUAUAAACCAGGGCAAUCAGCCAGUCAUGGAAGAGAAGAAUUUUCCAAAACAAAAAAAGAUGGUCAUAAAAAAGGCAUUAAAGGUGUAAAAAUACACCGAUUGUAGAUACAAGUGUUGUUGGGUAUUGUACAAAAAUAUUAGACAUAGUCUUUUACGCAUUCUCUGUCAGAAGUGUUGUUCACUGAAUGUUGUAUUUCUUGUUGUUUGAGAAUCAUACGUGAUGGUCUCUCUCUGUGCUCGGUAAUUGAAUUCACAGUAAACUGGAUGUCUUUUUUUAAACUGGUUUGCACUGUUGUGGAAGGAAAAAGUGCUCUAUGUUUGUACAAAAUGGUGUUGACUCAGUGCAUGAUAAUAUGUGUGCUAAUAUGCUCUCUGUAAAAAAAAAAAAGAGAUCUCUGAAAGUUUACAAAACUCAUACUGCCCUAACUCAUUACUGAAAGUUUUUUUAUUAUUAUUUAUUCGUUUUUUCUAAUCUAACUGGAACUAUAUUUUGAUAAUGGGUAUUUAUAAUGCAGGUGCAUAUUUAAAAUAUAAUUUAAUAAAAUGUGUUAUAUUUGUCUGAACAAAUACAUUAAAGCUCAUUUCUGAUAUAGAUCACGUCAAAAAGUAAAAUCAGCAAUGACUGUAAACUGAAAAAUACACUAUACAGGGUUUCUGCAAGACAAAAUCACAGUCUGCAACCAUUGCAGCAUGUUGUUUCUGUUUCCAUGGUUUUCAUUCUGCAUGGACAUAAUCACACUCAUUUCAUGUGAAUAAUGUAAAGAGGGAGAUUGUCUCCUUCAUUGUUUACAAGCGGCCGCUCCUGCUACAAAUUACUGUGACUGUUUUCUAUGCUAUCCUCAGACUACUGGGAAGUUCUAAACAUAAUGUGUUAUACCUCUCUAAAGCAUGUCCAGAGUAUCCAUUUGCACUGCUAAAGCCCAGCAAAAAAGCACAUCAGUACCACAGUGAUAAUAGACGAAUAGUGAUUAGUGGGCUCAUCUGUACAUAACCAACAUUGAGCUUUUGUUGAUGUUUAAAUCACAAUUCAAGUUUGUACAAAUUUUUAAAAAUCUGUGCAAUUCAUUUAUAGUAAUAUUCAAAAGAUAAUGCUCGGUUGCUGUUUAUU